GUUUUCCUGUCGAAUCGGAAGCUAACUUCGGUUCCGUGGUGCUGCUGACAGUCGGUGGAGUAAUCCAGAGGAACUUUCACUUUAGCAGCCAUGCCAGGGCGGUUUGUGGUGACUCAGCCAGCUCUGGACACCGAACACCGUCCGAGUUCAACCGACUGUCAGUACAACAACCCCACCGUUUCUGUCUGAGCACCAAGCAGGAGUGAAGCUUGGUGACGGAGGAUGGAUGGAGUCAGCUGGAGCACCACCAGGUCCCAGGAGUCCUUCAGUCGCUCCACGACGGCAACAGCUGACACUCUGUCCAGACUCGCGAGCUUCAUUUCCCAGGCCGAGGCCAAACAUCACACCAGGAACCAGAGGCAGCUAGCGAACCACCUGCCCACGUAUGCUUGUAAAGAAUGUAGUAAGGGUUUCACCUGUGCAGCAGAUCUGUUGCAGCACCAGGAGCUGAAGCACACCUUGCCGAAGCCUCACAGGUGCCCCUCCUGUGGGCAGGAGUUCUCUUUGAAGUCGUCCUUACAGCUGCACAAGUGCGAUCAUGAAUCCACCCGAUGUGAACUCUGUCACGGGGCGUCACGACUCGGUUCUCCAUGUUCUGCGUGCACGAAUUGCGCACCAGAUCCUGGCAGGUCACAGGAUAAGUCUCUCCACCGGCAGCCUCACCUCCUGGACAGCAGCCCAUAUGCAUGUGCUCCGUGUGGGAGAGGCUUCAGCCACAAACAGGCCCUGCUGCACCACCAGCAGGCUGGAUGUAGUGAGCCGCUGUUGGAUGUAGCUGAUGCUAGUAGCCUUCCAGAUGAUUCUCCUCCUGUUUCCGAGGGGGACUCCACUCGCUCUGAUUCUCCGGACACACCAGGACCAAGCGGCAGAGCUGUCAACAUGUGCCAUCCUUGUUCCAGGACGUUCCGCACAGAAGCUGGACUGCAGCGCCACAGACUGAUCAGCCAUGCUGGGGAGGAACAAAACACCAAAGCACACGGCACCAGCGGAGAGGCAAGGAAAGAAAGGAACGCCAAGACAGCCAGAGAUCCAAAUAAAGGUCCUAAAUCCCAAAAGAAGCUCCUGACUUGUCGCUCUUGUGACAAGGUUUUCAGGAGCACUUCUAAACUGUACGUGCACAGAACAGAGAAGCACAGCAGAGAGAAGCAGAUCAGGAGGGAAACGAGGCCGGUCAUCAGUAAGCGAAGGAGAGGAGGAACGUAUCCAUGUCAGAUCUGCAGCAAAGUCUUCUUCCAUCAUUUAUCACUGGGGGCACAUUACAGACAGCACACCGCCUGGAGCUUCACCGCCAUGAAGAACAAACAGUCUGUGAAAUGUCCCACCAAAGACUCCAGGUUAUCAGAAAACCCACCAAAUAAAGUAGCAGGGAAUAAGACUGUUAAGGCUGGACCAGGGAGGGCCAGGAAGGCGUCCAAGGCUGAUGAAUCACAGGUAAGUAGAGAAGUGCCUGAAGUGAAGCAGGAGGAGGAGGAGGAAGUAGAGGAAGAGAAGGAGGUUGAGGAAGAAGAAGAAGAAGAAGAGGAGGAGGAGGAGGAGGAGGAGGAGGAGAGAGAGUUUCCAUGCCCGUCCUGUGCAGAGGUUUUCUCUCUGCAGUGGCAGCUGAAGGAGCACGUUGAGCUCCACCAGUCCUCGGUGAAGAGGCGACACUGCAGCGUCUGCAAGAGCGACAUGAACACCUGCAGAUGGCCGAGCUCCAAGAGGCAGCGUCUGUACCACUGUGUUCCCUGCCAGCAGGGCUUCUCAGCUCUGGACUCCUUCCUAGAACACUGUCAGGAGCAUCUGAGAGCCAGAGUGGAGGAGGACAGAAUCCUGGAGGCCAGCAAAGCCUGAAGUUUCAGUUUGAAUGUCAUCAAUGGUUGCCUUUUCUGUUUUCUUCCCUUUUUUUUUUUUUUGUUUUAAAGGGUUGGAUGGUUUCGGAUGAUGAAAUCUCUGUGAAAUUCUUGUCGAGUUACUGGUCCACUGAUUCAGAACAUCUUGUUUUAUUCAUCUGCUGUUGACUUAUUGGUGACAUGUCAAGGGUUUAAGCGUGUGCAUUGUUAAAGAACCAUACUGGAGUGUUUAUAAUAAGACCUUUCCAGAGAACACCAUAGUACCUGUCAGAUUUUCAGAUGUUUUCUACAUUCUUUGCAGCCACUUGAUUGUUUUACAUGACAGUAUUCUAGUGAAAUCCAUCACAGCGGCCAUCAGAAAGCAGCCUAGUUUAAGAUACAUUUAGUUUGAUUACACCAUAAAGAUGACAUAAUGUUGAUUAAAGCUAAAAUGUGAUCGAUUGCUAUUGUCUGCAUGUUGAUUUGCACACUUGAAUAAAAUGCACUGACAGCUAUAAAAGCCUGAACAACCGAAGAAAACACACCCAGUAUGAUUCUUUUACAGAGUUUGGCCAAUCUGUUGUCGUUCUGCUGCCGCUGACACGUCGUCGUUUCAUCCUGACGAGCGCCUCGUUUCCCACAAGCACCUCAUGAAACAAAGAUGAUCAGACUUAAACUAAAUUCAUUUGUCUUAAAGGUGCCUUUUGGGAAACAAGCUACAUUCUAGCCAAACCACUGUCUGACGUCUUGUUUGCCGCAGUCCGUUUUCACACCAGAAAUCUGCAGUGCUUCGUUUAAUUAAAGUCAAAUAUAUUUUUGGCUGUAUUUUACGAAUUUUUCUUCCAGUUUUGGCAAUGAUUCUCCACAGAUUGGCAGGAACUCCAGUGUUUUCCUUGUUCACUCUUGUACUUGACCAGGUAUCUGCAGCACUGCUUGGAGUUGGUCUGACUCAUCAGAUGUGGACUUCAGGGCUGAUAUUUCUGUUGUACUUUAAAUUAGCAUUUUUCCUUCCCUUCUAAAUUUCACAUUUUGCCAGAUUUGAAUCCUGCAAUACUGCAGCCCAGUUUGUUUUUUUAUGUGAAUUGGCCAUUUUAAAUGACAGCCCCUGUGUGCAGGCAUUCCACCAUUUCAAUCCUUCACUCUUUGGAGGGGGCACUGUUGCUGCAUCCUGGGCUCAACAUCAAACAAUUGUAAUUGGAUUAAAGUAAUACAAAUGAGUGUUUUCACCCGUAGUAUCGAAUGCUAAUCAGGUGCAGCCAGACCAUUCUCCAGUCCCGACACAGUGCUGUGGACAUGCGUCUCCAUGCAGUGGUUUCAAGUGGGGUGGUUGUAGUUGUUGCCAUAAUCGAUCAAUGAACAAACUUGGCUUUCGUAGGUACUUCUUCCCAGUAUAAUGCCUUUUAUUUAGGCCUGUCUUUUGGCUGGUAUGAACUCGGGUCAUUUUCUUGCUAUGCAAACAGAUGAAUCAAUAACAGCCCCUCGGUGUGACUGCGACGCUUGAUAAAUGCACUUUGGGGAGUGAACUAGAAUCAACAUGAAUUUUUUUUUUUUUUUUUUAUUCUAAACAAUUUUCAGCUACUGUUUUCAAAGUGCUACUGUGAAAAUGUGGAACAUGAUUUACCAGGUUUUGAAGCUUCCAUUUUUCCAGGUCUUUUGUAAAUUAGUAUAUGGCUCUUUGUAGAUGACAUAAUUAAAACUUAACUGUUCUCAA